GCGCACUGCCAAGACCGGUGUUCUUUUGAGGCAGCCUCCUGAGAGGAAGCAAGGGGCUCCCGCUGCUGAGGUCUUGGAUGGUUCCCAAGUUUUCUCCAACUCUCCUAGGAAGUAGCAGGUUCAAGAUGGACCAGAAGACCACAGGCACUCUGCUAGAGCUUGCUGCAAAGAGUCUGCUGAGUAAUGAGCUGGCAGCUAUCCAUGCCCUGGAUGAGCUCCCAAGAGCCCUCUUUGUUCCACUGUUCAUUCCUGCCUUCGUGGGCAGGCAUAAGGAGAUACUAAAGGCAAUGGUGAGGGUUUGGCCCUUUUGCUGUCUCCAUAUCGGGACACUGAGUGUACAAGGGUCAGACUAUGACAUCUUGGAAGCCAUGAUUGAUGGUCUGCAGCUCCUCUCUGCCCAGAACUCUUCUUCCUGGGGCCCAAAACUGAGGCUCUUAGAUUUAAGGCACGACCCGAAAUGUUCCAUAAUAUGCUCUGAGAUGAAAACCACAUUUUCUUCCUGCUCUUGGUCUUGUGCUUACUCUCAGAACUCUACUCUUAGAACAGAAGAAGCUCAGCAUAGCGUCAGGUGCCGCGGAUUUGAUAAUUCAGAGUCAGAGCCUCACUCAGCCUUGGAAACGGUGGAAUUACUUGUGGACCUCUCCCUCGAUGGAACCUUGAGAACACAGCAAUUUCUUUCCUUUCUUCAGAGUAAAGUCAGGCAGAGCUCUGGGUCUUUGCACCUCUGCUGCAGAGAUUUGGUAAUUGAUAACAUCUCUGCCCACAGAAGUAUGCUGCAGUUUCUGGAUCCACGAUGCAUUGAUCACCUGCAGGUGAAUCAGGCUUAUUUGAGGAAAGUCAACCAUCUUGUGGCUCAGACGGCCCACCUGUACAGCCUUCGUCAUCCUAACAUCAUCUUUACAUAUUUUGUGGGGAGGCACUUCCAAACAUUUCUCAACGGUCUUGGGAAGCUGAACAGCCUCCAAGAGCUCGAAUUGUCUGCCUUGUUCCUCGGAGAUCGAUUGCAGAGACUUCUCAGGUGCGCGGGUUUGAGGAACCUGGGUUCCCUAGUGCUGCCACCUCAGCUGAAGACAUUGAAUCUGCCUUUCUGUAGCCUGUCUAGCAUAGAUGUCACCAUACUGUCCCAGAGCUCUCAGGCCACCCACCUAAGGCAGUUGAAUCUCAGUCACAACCAGAUAUUCUCAGAGGCUUAUGAGCCCUUCCAGACUCUGCUGGAGAGGGCCUCGGGUACCCUGCAGCAUCUGGAAAUAAAUAAUUGUCUAUUAAGUGAUUCCACUCUCUCCGCUCUCCUGCCAGCUCUGAGCCACUGUUCGUGCCUCCGUGUCCUUAGUUUUGCCUUCAACCCCAUUACAAUGCCUGUGCUCACACGCCUUCUGCGUCACCUAACAUCCUUGAGGGAGCUGAAGCAUGUGAUUUAUCCCAUCCCUGUCCAUUGCUAUAGACAGUGGGAUGUUCGCGACAGUUUGGACCGACGGCAGUUGGCUGAAGUUCAGGCCCAAUUGAAGGCAAUGCUGCAGGCGGUAGAGCGGGACGACAUGCUUUGGACUACCCAUUCUGCGUAA